GAGACAACCCCCUCCAGUCAGCAUUUUAUUCCUGUGACAGAAGAACUUCCACAGGCGGAAAAGAAUUUCACUCACGAUCCCGUAGUUCGGACAAAGAGUCCAAGGACUGAGUGGAGGCAUUGGCACCCGGCUUCUUGCCGUAAAGCCAGGAACCGACUCGAAACAUACUUGAUGGGGAGUGAUCAAGAUGAAAAGGGGGAGGGAAAAGAAAACAAACAAAGAAGGUGGGCACGAGACAAAUUGGACGAGGAGGAAAGGAGGUCAGAUUCCAGUCACGAGCCGGAGGGGCCCGGAGCCCAGGGAAAGAAGACGCAGACGGAGAGGGAGAGACGGCGUAUCUCCCAUCAAACCAGGCACGUAGAGACUUUCCGGGAACAUAACCUUGUGAAAGAGAUGGUAGAAGUAGAGAAGAAGAGAGACGGAAGAUAUAAUCAAAGGGGGAGAGAGGAAAAAGGGAAAGUAAGUAGACUUGGGGGAGCGAUAUAAUAAGCCCCCUCCGCAGAAGAAGGGUCCGGUAGUGGUGGAAGCCGUGGU